UAAAAGAAUGUACUGUAUGUGAGAGGGUUUACAGUGUUAGGCGGAUCACCCUCAGUCAGUGCUGCCUGAGAACCUUCCUGAAGAUUCCAGAGUUAACAUCGUCUUAAGGUAGCGCUUACUGAUCAACCACAACACAAUGGCUGUUGCACUUAAUCCAGUCCAGAUUAUGAAGACGGAGGCUGAGGAGGAGCGAUCAGAGACAGCUCGCCUCUCCUCCUUCAUCGGUGCUAUUGCAGUUGGAGACCUUGUGCGUUCUACCCUUGGUCCUAGAGGCAUGGACAAAAUUCUUGUGGCCAUGGGAAGAAGCGAAGGUCAGAUUGAGGUAACAAAUGACGGUGCCACCAUCUUAAGGAACAUCGGUGUGGAUAACCCAGCAGCAAAGAUCCUGGUAGAUAUCAGCAAGACACAGGAUGAUGAGGUAGGAGAUGGCACAACCUCUGUAGUUGUUCUAGCUUCAGAGCUGCUUCGUGAAGCAGAGAAGUUGGUCUCCAUGCGACUCCACCCACAGACAAUUAUAUCUGGAUAUCGCAGAGCCACAGAUGUUGCCCGUGAAGCUUUAGAAAACUCAGCGGAAGACAAUUCUGCCAAUCCUGCCAAAUUCCGAGAAGAUCUAUUUAAGAUAGCCAAAACUACCCUAAGUUCCAAGAUUCUUGCACAGCAUAAGGAAUUCUUUUCCAACCUGGCCGUAGAUGCUGUGUUGAGGCUGAAGGGUUCUGGCAACCUUGAUGCCAUCCAGAUCAUUAAGAAGCAGGGUGGUACUUUAGGAGACUCUUUCCUUGAUGAAGGAUUUAUCUUGGAAAAAAAGAUUGGAGUUAACCAGCCAAAACGUAUUGAAAAUGCCAAGCUAUUGGUUGCCAACACUCCAAUGGACACAGACAAAAUCAAAGUUUUUGGUUCAAAGAUCUCUGUAGAGUCCACAGCAAAGGUUGCUGAACUUGAAUUAGCGGAGAAGGAGAAGAUGAAGGCAAAGGUUCAGAAAAUCCUGAAGCACGAUAUUAAUGUCUUUAUUAACAGACAGUUGAUAUACAACUACCCUGAGCAGCUAUUUGCUGAUGCUGGUGUGAUGGCUAUUGAACAUGCAGACUUUGAUGGUAUUGAGCGUCUGGCACUGGUUACUGGUGGUGAAAUUGUAUCAACUUUCGAUAAUCCAGAUCUUGUCAAACUUGGUCGUUGUGAUUUAAUUGAAGAGUGCAUUAUUGGCGAAGAUCGCAUGAUUCGCCUAAGUGGUGUUGCUUUGGGUGAGGCCUGUACCAUUGUAUUGCGUGGAGCCACAAACCAGAUUCUUGAAGAAGCAGAACGCUCCAUGCAUGAUGCCUUGUGUGUUCUUACACAGACUGUCAAGGAAACGCGAACAGUGUUUGGAGGAGGUUGUAGUGAGACCUUAAUGGCCCGUGCAGUAAUGGAAGCUGCUGUCCUUAUCCCUGGAAAAGAAGCUCUUGCAAUGGACGCUUUUGCUCGAGCUCUGCUAAUGAUCCCCACAAUUAUCGCUGACAAUGCAGGCUAUGAUUCAGCACAGCUAGUAGCUGAAUUGCGGGCAGCUCACGCAGAAGGCAAAUCAACAGUGGGUCUCGAUAUGGACGGUGCUGCUGUGAACUGCAUGAAUUUGGUCGGUAUUACCGAGAGUUUCAAGGUUAAGAGGCAAGUAUUGAUGUCGGCAUCUGAGGCAGCAGAGAUGAUUCUCCGAGUCGACGAUAUCAUUAAAUCCGCACCAAGGAAACGCACUGCAGAUCAGGGACAAUGUUAAGAUAACGACUAAUGAUUAAGUUUUGCCUUGCACACUAGUGGUGAAAUGUUAUUAACACCAUGCUUUUUGCUCCUAACUAUACACUUGAAGUCUUAACAUCUUUAUUUCUACUGUCACAAAAUAAAACUUAAAUUUU